GUGACAUCCGAUGGCAUCAGCCAUCCUGUGGCCCGCGACAUAUAUACCAUGUGUGGAUGACCAAAUGCAUCACACUCGUUCGAAAAUGGCGAAGGUAGCUACUGUGUUCGCUUUUAUGGUGCUCCUGGCUGUUAUUGUUGAAGGCAGAGAUUGGAGAUUCGACACAAAGCGAGUGAAGAGAGGCUAUAACCCUGGUACGUACGGCAACAACAACAACAACAACAACGGUGGUACCUAUGGGAGGAAUGAUGAUCAGAACGACAACUUCAGCAGGGAGCGGCUCGGAUGCAGUGAGGAGCUCGGAGGUGGCAGCUACGGGAGUGGUAGCCACGAGUUGUCUUACAACAAAGAUGGACGCCCGAAAGACAAUCGCCGCCAUCGCUCGUUCACCAAAGCGUCCGCCUCCGCGUCCGCCACCGCUACCUCCUUCAACGAGAACCACAAGGCAAACCUUUGAAAUUAGAACGCUUUGAAUUUAGAAUGUACAAAAUGAAACGUCAAGGCAUAAGCAAAGAGUUUUUAUCCUGUAUUACUUUUUAUUAUCUUUUUUUAAAUCUAAAUUGUAAGGAAAUUGGUUUUAUUCCGACAAAGACUUUUAUCUACUAUUUUAGGUUUUAAUCUAGGUUUGGAAAUGGUUGACAUUGAUGUAUCAGUUAGUUUGUAAGAAAUGUAACAAUACAAAUAAAUAUAAACGUAUUUAUUUAAGUCAA